GUGUAAAUUAACCUCAAGAUGUCAGCUGCUCUCGGUUUUGAAACGUCAACAGCAACAUUAAACUAUGAUUAAUUGAAUGGAUUCAACUUACUUUUAAAUAGUAUUCGUCAUAUAUAAAUACAAUAACAUAAGAAGAUGUACACCUUGUUCUCUGGUCUCUGGAAGUACAUGUUCCAGAAAGACGAGUACAAUGUGCUCAUCCUUGGGCUGGACAAUGCAGGGAAAACAACUUACUUAGAACAGACAAAGAUGAAGUUUACAAAGAACUACCAAGGCAUGAGUCUGAACAAGAUAACCACAACAGUUGGACUGAACAUUGGCACCAUAACUAUAGGUGGAGUUAAGCUGAAGUUUUGGGAUCUGGGAGGUCAGGAAGAAUUGCAGUCCCUCUGGGACAAGUACUAUGCGGAGUCCCAUGCAGUGAUCUAUGUUGUGGACUCCUCGGACAAAGAGAGGAUUGACGAAUCCAAGGAUGCAUUUGACAAGAUGAUAGUCAAUGAUAGCUUGAAGGAUGUUCCACUACUAUUGCUGGCCAACAAACAAGAUCUACCGGAGGUAGUGACAGUGGGUACCAUCAAGUCUGUGUUCUAUGGUAGCUCUGAUCUGAUUGGUCAACGAGACUGCAGAGUGAACGGCGUGUCAGCUCUAAAGGGGGAUGGAAUAAAUGAUGGUAUUGAAUGGAUAGUGGACUGCGUGAAGAGAAACAACUUUGUCCGUCCACCUGUACAAAAGGACAUCACAUGAUCAGUGUCGCCUGUUGUAGUAUGGUUACAAUAAUAGUGCUGUUUAUGACAAGGGCGAAGCUACUCAGUAACAUAAUCAAUCAUGUGUCGUGGAAAAAACGAUGUUUAUGUAUGCCCUUUAAGGUGUUUGCUGGGUCUGUACAGGCUAUUUCAGGAUGGUAUUUCACACGUUUUGAGUAUUUUCUGUUUCAUUUAGUCUCUUCAAAACAUAAUCUACUGUACGGAGAAAGCAGCAAACUGCAUUAACCUGUGUGGACUGAUUUAUCUAUAUGCAUUAAGCCUGGUUUUAUAAGCUCUUUAUGUACAUAGGGUAUGUCACAUGACAGUUGUUCUGAUUGGUUGCAUUUCACUUGUUGACCGCAUAAUGUUUUAUUUAAACGAAUACAUUAUUUCAUGUAAUGAAGUCAUUGUGUCUGAUUUUAACUUUUGCAGCAAUUUUCGGAUUUUAUCUGCUUAUAUUGGCUAGUUUUGCCAGUUAUGGAAACCAACAGUGAAAAAAUGCCACCUAUUACCAACAUGAUGUAAUUAUUGUAACUGAAUGUUAGGAUAUAACAUAUUAUUCUGCUCACCCGAAAUGCUUUAAGAAGUAAGAGCAUGAUAUGAUUUGAUGCAUGUUCAAAAUUCGUCUUUCUGUUGUUCCAGGUAAUCAAUAUUUAAUACAUUUUUUGUUGUUACAUGGUCCAUAAGGUAUGAAUGAUAUAUAUGUUUGUUUGAUUUCAUUUAUUAUUAAUGAAUGCAUGUUAAAUUUUAUUAUGCACUGGUGAUGACUUUUUAUUCCCACGCAUGAUAAUUGUGGAAAGGCAUAUACACGUAGUGUUGUCCCUGUUUGUUUAUGUGUAACAUUGUAUGUCGGCUUAUGACUUUGAUAUGCAUUGUGGGAUUUCAGAAUAAUUUGUAACAAAUAAUUAUGAUCUCAAGUCAAUGUAUCGCAUGGGCUUCUGGAGUUGUUGCUUAUUCCUUAUAUGUAUAUAGUGGAAGUACUUUUUUGUCUUCAAUGCAAAUGAUCAUCUGAUCAAUACGUGUUCCAUGCAACCAUGCCACUGGCUUAAAGGUCAAGGUCACAUUGGACACUUGGUGUUCAUGCAUAUUCCUAAUUUUGCAAAUAACUUUGUCAUGCAUUAUUGGAUUUUGUAAUAAAUUAGCAAAAAUUAUCAUAUCUGGACAGGCUUCCUGAAAAGUCCCAAAAGGUGCCUGUCAACAGGACAGGCUGCUGGAAAAGUUUGCCUGUCCGGACAAAAAUUCACCUGUCCGAACAGUGUGAGUUUAUAACUGAAGAAUUUAGUAAAGUUUAACUCACAUUUAUUACAAACAAUGAGCAGCCUGUGUUUCAGUACACUUGUUGUGUUUGGCGAUAGCAUGGGCGUUCUUAAAUAAAAAACACAGCCUAUGUCUUUCACUUGCCUGUAACAUUUUUAAGGCAUUGCCUGCUUGGGAUUUGGUUUUUUCUAGUGGUGACAUCUCCUUUGCCUUCUUGGCUGUUACGGCGUGGCUGUGUGGGAUUGAUUUUUCAUGGUCAAUUAUCGCUGAUAUUCUAAAAUUACAACAUCCGACAACGAAUGGAUUUGUUGACUUGCAUCGCAUUUGAUCGUGUUUACAUAUGUCACAAAACAUUUUGUUACUUGACUCUUCAUAAUGAAGCCAACUUCGGUCGGUCAUUCACUUAGUUUGAAAAGUUCUGUUAACUCGCUUGGCUUCAUAAUCUUUCAACUUUUGGUUUUUUUCUUCAUCGGUAAGUUUUCUUUUAUGGCCAGGUUGAGCACCAUCGAAGUACGUUAGCAAUGACAUUUUGUUCAUGUUGAGUUUUUUGUUACAAUCUUUGUAAAUGGAUAGAUGGUAAUAAUCGGACCAAUCAAAUUGACGUUCUCAAAAAAACAAAACAAAGGGAUAGCACUCCUAAGAACUAGUGACGCGAUAGUGUUCUUAAUUACAAAAAGGCUCGAAACUAACGAAAAGAGUUAUUCUAAUUGGGUGUUAUCGUUCUUUUGGCUAGUAUGACUUUUCGGUAUUAAGUCAUUUUUUUGCCUGUCACAAGGACCAGCGAUAUUAAAAACUUCGCCGGACAGUAAAGAAUUGUGCCGGACAAGACCGGAGGACCGGCCUUUUCAGGAAGCCUGUCUGGACGAAAUUUUGCAAAAAACAGC